GUCGCUCCCGUGCUUAGCUUUUGUGAUUUUGAAUUCAGCUAGCCUAAAAAGUUAUACGAAUAAUACUACUUAGUGAUAUAAAUAUGGCAGAUAAAUGUAAAAAAUGUAAUGAUGUUACACAAGUAAAAGACAGUGUCAAGUGUACCUCCUAUAACAGUGCCUUCCACCCGACCUGUUUGGAUAGAACUGAUUCCAACGAUCCAAUAAAAAAUCACCCCUUCGAAAAAACUGGAAAUGUGAACAAUGCAAUCAAAAUGAUCGUCAAGACAAAGCCUGUGACCAGUCACAAGACAUUCUUGAAGUUAUAAAUGCAUUCCGAAAAGAAAACAACGAGAAACUCGACGCUAUGGAGAGCAAUUUGAAUAAGAUGUCGUCCAAGUUAGCUCAUAAUUUGAGCUCAAAGAUUCGCACUGAAGAUGUCCUUUUACCAGUUGGAAAUAAUUCAGACUUCAAAUCCAUGCUUUUGCGUCCGCUUAUUCUUGAUGGACUAACAAAAGCUGGAUUCAUUCAACCAUCUCCAAUACAACUGAAAGCUAUUCCCCUUGCUCGAUGUGGUCUCGAUCUGAUUGUUCAGUCAAAAUCGGGGACAGGAAAAACAUGUGUAUUCACUGUUGCUGCUCUUGAAUUGCUGAAUAUCGAUAGUCUCCGGCUGCAGGCAUUAGUUGUGGCUCCAACUAGAGAAAUCGCUCUUCAAAUAGAAUAUGUUAUUAAAGAGAUAGGAUCUCAGUUUUCAGGUCUGAAAGUGGUACCAUUGAUUGGUGGCUUGCCCUUGCAAAAGGACAAAGAGCGUCUGAAAGAGGGAUGUCACAUUGUGGUUGGUACGCCUGGUCGGCUUCUGCAUUGCAUAGAAUUGGGACUGAUUGAGUUGAGUGCCGUGCGACUAUUUGUAUUGGAUGAGGCUGAUAUGCUAAUGAACCUCUCCUUCAAAGAUGAUAUCAAUGCGAUAUUUAAGAGUUUACCAGCCAGCAAACAAGUGGUGGUGUGCAGUGCAACGUUCACAUCAGAAUUGAAGUCAUUUCUUGGCAAGUACAUGAACAAUGCACCAACCUACGUGACACCCUCAGGCAAAUGUCCGGUCCUACUCGGUCUGCGCCAUUUUGUGCUGCUCUCUCCUGAUCAGUCGUCAAAUCAGCUGCGAAGAUUGAUCAACAAGGAAAACCAGCUGAUGUCCAUUCUCAAGUCGGUUCCUUUCAGCCAAUGCCUCGUGUUUUCAAAUUACCAAACCAGAGCGGAAAGCAUUUGCUGCAAGCUGCGCCGGAAAGGCUGGGAGAAGUGCUGCGAAUGGAUCGCGGGCAACCAGGAUCAGGGCACACGUAUUGGCGUGUACGAGCGCGUGCGUGACAUGAAGGCACGCAUCCUGUUGACGACAGACCUGACGGCGCGCGGACUUGACUUUGAGGCGACCAAUCUGGUCGUCAACCUAGACCUGCCCGCCGAUUCGCACACCUAUCUGCAUCGCAUGGGCCGCGCCGGCCGCUUUGGAUCUCAAGGAAUCGUUAUAACUUUAUUAGCGCUGGAUGAGAUGGCAAAGUUCAGAACUCUGAUUGGAAAAAUUGGUUCAUAUGCCAAUGCGUGCAUUAUACCAGACAAUGUACUCAAUAAGGAACUUUGGACUUUGAAUUUGGAUGUGUUGGAGGUACUUGAAGGACAUUCUGGGAGCGAGGAACCCGAACCUGAAGAGAUUCCUAAGCCUGAAAGUGAGGAUGUUGCCGAGAUCAAAACUGACAGCGAGUGUGUACACAUGAUCUACUCUUCAAAUGAGGAGGAAGAAGGAAGAACAUGAAAAAACCACUCAACUUCUGGAAUUUGGAUUGAAACUUUUGAGGUUUAAGAAAGCACCAGUGUUCUACUCUUUCAAAAAGCUAGAAGAAUCUCGCAGACAUUUUGUCCGUGAUGCUGCUGCUGCAAACGAUUCAGAAAAGUGCAAAUGGAAGAAAGUGUUGGAGCCUGCAGGUAGCUUGGAAAGUGAUGUUGCCGAGUACUUCAUCUCGUCUUAUGGUCGAAAAAUGGCUGAUGUCACAGAAAGGUGUCGGAAUAUGUACUUUGUCGACGUUAUUAAAAGUUUACCUUGCAAAUCUGAUAGCAGCUUCAAGUUUACAAAUGAUUCCAGCAUUCAAGACUUGAAUCUUGAAAAACUCGAAAUAAGUGUUGAACGUUCAAAUGAAAAUAGGUCUAGUCAUUAUGGAGAUGAUGUAAUGAGUGGAUUGGACUCUCCAAAAUCAGGAUCUUCAAGUCGUCAAUCCCGUUCACCAUCUUUACAUUCUGUACUAUUCUUCGAAGACACUACCGGUGAUACCUCUAAUCGGAUACCUGAUGAAGAUUCUAAGUCAACCCAAUAUUCAGACAAUGACCAAAACAAAAUUAAAAAGCCAAUUCACAUUUUUGUGCCCAAGAGAAAAUUGUGCGAAGUGGAUUCAUCGUCUACUUCAUUUGAACAAGUCAAAGACUUGAGAUCCAAUACACCUGUACAUCAUCAAGAAAAUAACGACUUUCGGUACAUGUGUGGAUCAAAUGUGCAGUCAACAUAUGAAGGGAAUCAAGACUACAGGUAUACCACAGAUGAAUGCAAUAGGCGGCAAUCCACUUCAACCGUACAUUAUCAAGUGAAUCAAUACCCUGAGUACAUGGAUGAAUCCUUUGCGCAGUCGUGUGACUUCACUCCUCAGCAACGUAAAAGGAUAAGACAGGCCUUGAAUCCAUGUUACAAUCCUGCUAUGAAUAGCUAUUAUCAUUAUAACAGUAAUCUUCAUCAAAGUUCACAUAAUUCUUCUAUGCCCUUAGAUCAGUGGAAUGCCCUCUAUCGUCAACAAUUAUCGCAGAAAAGGAUGUAUACUAGUUACUCGUAUUAUAUGCAUCGUAUGCUACAUUCACUAACCUAACAUUGGUGAAACAAUUAAAACGUUAUUGCGUUCUAUAAUUCAACUUUGAGAUUGAUCAAAUCGAUCAAUCCACCUGAUUUAUUAUCAAAUCGUUAUUUUAUAUGGUAUCUGUUGUAUGAUUUAUCUUGAAGAUUGAUUAAAUUAAUCCAUCCAAUUAAUCAUCAGAUUUUUAUCUUAUAUGGAGAUUUACAAUUCUUGAGUUUCAAUAUUCCAAUAAUGUAACCAUAGAAUCCUACACUACUUUUGUAUUCUCUUUUAUGUAAAUAUGAUUUGAUAAUUAUGUGUUUCUCCCAUUUUCUAAUAAUAAAUCUGCUGCAUAUUAUAUCAAUCGCUGUUCCUUGUGAAGAUUUUACAUAUUUCUUAUUCUAAUCUUCAGUUAGUAGCCUAUUUGAAAUUGAAUUAAUGCUUUAUUGAAGUUGAUUCACUCACUGUAUUUUUAGCAUCAUGUUAUGUUGAACACUAAUCAAUUGUAUAAAUAUAUCAGUAAAAAAGGGUA